AUGAUGUCUUAUCUUAAGCAACCACCUUACGCAGUCAAUGGCCUGAGUCUCACAACCUCGGGCAUGGAUUUGUUGCACCCGUCCGUCGGUUAUCCCGGGCCUCUGGCUCCGUUCGCAGCCACGCCGCGGAAGCAGCGGCGGGAGCGCACCACCUUCACCCGGGCGCAGCUGGAUGUGCUCGAGGCUCUUUUCGCCAAGACCCGCUACCCCGACAUCUUCAUGCGGGAGGAGGUGGCCCUGAAAAUCAACCUGCCCGAGUCCAGAGUGCAGGUGUGGUUUAAGAACCGCCGGGCCAAGUGCCGGCAGCAGCAGCAGCAGCAGCAGAACGGGGGCCAGAACAAGGUGCGGCCAGCCAAGAAGAAGAAUUCUCCAGCCCGAGAAGUGAGCUCGGAGAGCGGGACCAGCGGGCAGUUCACUCCCCCCUCCAGCACCUCCGUCCCCACCAUUUCCAGCAGCAGCGCCCCCGUGUCCAUCUGGAGCCCGGCGUCCAUCUCCCCGCUCUCAGACCCGCUGUCCACCUCUUCCUCCUGCAUGCAGAGAUCCUACCCCAUGACCUACACCCAGGCUUCGGGCUACAGCCAAGGAUACGCUGGAUCGACCUCCUAUUUCGGAGGGAUGGACUGUGGAUCUUACUUGACCCCUAUGCACCACCAGCUGCCCGGGCCGGGGGCCACCCUGAGUCCCAUGGGUGCCAACGCGGUCACCAGCCACCUCAACCAGUCUCCAGCCUCCCUCUCCACCCAGGGCUAUGGAGCCUCCAGUUUGGGCUUUAACUCCACCACCGAUUGCUUGGAUUAUAAAGACCAAACGGCCUCCUGGAAGUUAAACUUCAAUGCUGACUGCUUGGAUUAUAAGGACCAGACGUCGUCAUGGAAGUUCCAGGUUUUGUGAAGAACCUUUGUGGUACCCCGGAGAAACCGCGGCGAGAACGAACAGGCUGGGCUGAGCGCUCCAGUUUUAGUCAGGUCUUGGUUAAAUUAAAGAGAAAAAUAACUCCACGGACAAACAAAUGAACAAAAAAAAAACAAACUGACGGCAACAAGAGGGGGACAGUGUUGGUGUGAUCCCGUUCAGACUCAUCUCCUGCUCAGACGCUCUGGAAAAGGAAUAAUAAAGAGGAAAAACGGAGGAGGAAGGCCUUAAACGGACAGAUCAUCUAGUGAGCAGAAACCAGACAGACCCAUCUGUGUUCUUUCUAGUUUUAGCCAAUUGUUGGGUUUCUUUGUUUGGAAGAGGUGGGAGAUCUUCCCA